AUGUCACCUGCUCGUCCAUCCUACGACCCAGAACUGGCAAUUGUUCAGGCCUCCUUUGAGCCGUUCGGUCCAAUCACGCCAGAGUUCGUCAUUAAGCAUCAUCUACGUACAGACCGCAGCCUGGAUGAUCCGGCGACCAGCGUCGUCGGCAUCAUAGGCGACCGCAACAUUGCGCACAAUGAAUACACAGCUCCUAGUCUGGGGCCAUCUGACCCGCCAGUCGCCCUGUCGGUUUUUACUCCCAAGGCGACCCCACCCAGCGGCAGGCCACGGCCUUGCAUCUUUUACAUGCACGGCGGCGGUUUCGUCUUCCUCCACCGCCUUGUCGGCCUCACGCAGCCUCUGAACUGGGCGGUUGCCACGGGAGCCGUGCUCGUGAGUGUCGAGUAUCGCAGGGGGCCCGAGCACCCGCAGCCCGCAGCGGCCGAUGAUUGCUACGCCGGCCUCCUGUGGGUGCGUGCUUCGGCUGAGCGGCUGGGCAUAGAUCUCACGCGGAUCCUUCUUGCCGGACAUUCAGCGGGCAGCGCCCUCGCGGCGGGGUUGGCGCUCCGUGCCCGUGAUGAAGGUCUGCAGCCGCCGAUACGCGGACAGAUGUUGCCAUGCCCAGCGCUGGACGACCGCUGCGAGACAGUCAGCUGUGGCCAGUUCAACGGCCAGGAGCCCUGGGAUGGGAUCAAGAACGCGGUUGCGUGGGAAAUCGCCCUCGGAGGAAAUAAAGGGGAUGCCGUGAGCCCAUACUGGGCGCCGGCUCGGACCGCGAGCGUCGCAGGUUUGCCACCGGCCUUCUUGGAGGCUGGCUCGGCUGAGUUCUGCCGUGAUGAAGUAGUGGCGUACGCGUCACGUCUCUGGGCUGCCGGUGUGUCUGCUGAUCUGCAUAUCUGGGCAGGUGCAUUCCACGGCUUCGAUGAGAUGGCGCCCGAGUCUUGGUUGGGACGCCGCGCUAUCGCGGCCAAGUUAGAUUGGGUGAAGCGGACGUUAGAGUGA